GCGAGAGUUCAGACGAGAGUUGAGCGAGAAAAUGGCGACGGUGAUUCAUAAAUGAGGAAAAUGACAGAUGAAGUUCAGUACAUGAUUUGAGCAUUAUAUGAUGGCGGAUAAAACAAUAGACACAUCUCUUCUACCCGAAGAUGUCAGACUUAAAUUAGAAGAACUGGAAAUAGAGCUUGCGGAAGGUGACAUUACUCAGAAAGGCUAUGAGAAGAAGAGGACUCGCCUAUUGGCCAACUAUGUCUCCCACUCACCCGCAGGAAAAUUGCUUGCAAUAUUACAGCCAAGUGCACCGAGCCCCCAGACUGCCGCUCAAAGAAAGGCACAUCGGCGGCUCACCAGGGAGGACAACCGCUACCACUCAGAGAUCAGAACAGAGGCGGUGAUGCAAGCCCUCGCUCUACACAAAAAACCAGUUGUUCCUCUGCCAUCCAAACGAACAUCUGUCCAGUAUCCGGGUCAACAACAGAGGCCCAGGGAAAGACAUGAAUCAUCGUCUGACGAUGAUGAUAGUAUAUUCGGGGAUGACCAGCACAGAGAUUUCCAGCGGGGUGGGCGGUACCGCGACAGUGGGGCUAGCUCCUCCUCCUUCUCUGAUGCUAGUGCCUCCCCGCACCAUGGGGGUAGAGGGGGAGACAGUCGUCCCCAUAGUGCUGCCUACGCCAUUCCUGGGAACACCUCCCGCCAGGCCCUCGCUGAUGUUUUACAGAGCACCAGGCACUCCCAGCCCAUCUCCCAGCCUCCUGAUGUGACAAACAAUGCUAAGAGCACCAGACAGGCAGACAGAGUGGGCCACUAUGCCCCAGCACACAUAUCAUCGGUCAGAAUGAACAAUUCAGGGAACAUCUCAGGCCUUCAAGAUGAUGAAAUUCGACAUCAAGGGAAGGUCUCUGCCAAGAUACAACAGUUACUUAAUACAUUAAAGAGACCAAAACGAAAACCACUAACAGAGUUUUUCGUGGAAGAGGAUGAUGCUUUGGAAACACCAGCACCUGAUCCAAAUGCACCAAAACCAGAGGGCAGUACCAUGUCUCCAUUCCCUGGAGAACCACUGGUGAUUCCAACAGGUCUCCCCCGUAAUUUAGAGUCUGCGCUACAACGAUAUGGCUCCUCUUCUUACAAAGCCAAUGCUGUGACUGUUUUAGACCAGAAUGGAAAACCAUCUCUUACACUCACUUAUGGAAAACUGCUGGCCAGAACACAGAAGAUAGCGUACAACAUGUUACAAAAAACCGGGCACAAAGGGGAAGGCGGAAUCAAGCCGAACGACAGGGUGGCCCUUGUAUAUCCAAACAAUGACCCAAUCUCUUUCAUUAGUGGAUUUUAUGGCUGUUUACAAGCAGGAGUGAUACCAGUGCCAGUGGAAGUCCCCUCAUCUAGAAGAGAUGCUGGUGGCCAGGGUAUAGGAUUUUUAUUGGGCAGUCUGAAUGUUAAAUAUGCCUUGACAUCUGAGGCAUGUCACAAGAGCUUGUCUAAGACGGCCAGUGGAGAAGUUGUACAGUUCAAAGGAUGGCCGAAGCUCAAUUGGUUAGUGACAGACAACUUUCACAAGUCUUCAAAAGACUGGCAACCCCCACCCAAGCAAUCGGAGGACAUCCCUGCUUAUGUUGAGUACACACAGAGCAAGGAUGGCAGCACAGUAGGAGUCACAGUGACCAGAAAAGCCAUGCUGUGUCAUGCCCAAACCCUCACCCUGGCCUCCAACUACACUGAGGGUGAAGUUAUGGUGUGUGUUUUAGACUUCAAAAGAGAUGUUGGACUUUGGCAUGGUAUAUUGUGUAGUGUGUUUAAUGGCAUGCAUGUGAUAUUUAUUCCAUAUUCUUUGAUGAAAGUUGAUCCAGCUUCCUGGAUGAAGAUGAUAACCAAGUAUAAAGCCUCAGUGGCCAUUGUGAAGUCCAGAGAUAUGCACUGGGGACUUCUGGCUCAGAAGGAUCACAAGGACAUUAGUUUCGCCUCACUGAGACUUUUAUUGGUGGCUGAUGGAGCUAAUCCAUGGUCUUUAACUUCCUGUGAUGCAUUCCUGAACUUAUUCCAAAGUAAGGGAUUGAAGCCAGAGGCAAUAUGUCCAUGUGCCAGUUCUUCUGAAGCGUUAACUGUCUCAAUAAGAAGACCGGGCAGGUCCAGCGCAAGUGCUACGGGUCGAGGCAUCCUCUCCAUGCAGGGCCUGAGUCAUGGGGUGGUGCGUGUGGACACAGAGAACAGUUUGACCUCACUGACCCUGCAGGACUGUGGUCAGGUCAUGCCAGGAGCUAUGAUGAUCGUUGUGAAGACCGAGGGCCCUUCAAUCCUGUGUCAGACAGACGAGGUGGGAGAACUCUGUCUCUGUGCAGACUAUACAGGGGUCAGCUACUGGGGUCUGCAGGGGAUUUCCUCAACAACCUUCCAGGUGCAGCCACAACACCCUGAUGGUACGAUCAUUGGGGACAAGCAAUAUGUUCGCACUGGUCUCCUCGGGUUUCUCGGACCGGGGGGACUUGUUUUUGUGUGUGGCAGUAAGGAAGGUUUGAUGACCGUGUCAGGACGUCGCCAUAACACUGAUGACAUCAUUGCCACCGUUCUAGCUGUGGAACCGAUGAAGUUCAUCUACAGAGGAAGGAUUGCUGUAUUUUCUGUUUCGGUUUUGAAAGAUGAGAGAAUUAUCAUAAUAGCUGAGCAGCGUCCAGACUGCACAGAGGAAGAGAGUUUCCAAUGGAUGAGUCGUGUGUUACAAGCUGUUGAUAGUAUCCACCAAGUGGGUGUCUACUGCCUCGCUCUAGUCCCGCCCAACUACCUACCCAAGACACCUCUUGGUGGUAUACAUUUACCAGAAACCAAAAAGAAGUUCCUAGAGGGUUCCCUUCACCCUGCCAAUGUUUUAAUGUGUCCCCACACCUGUGUCACAAAUCUUCCCAAGCCCAGGGAACACAGGCCAGACCAUUUACCUCCCUCAGCCAUUCCGUAUGUCACUCCCUCAGCGGUUCACGUAGGGAACAUCGUACAGGGAGCCCGCAUGGCCCAGGCCCAGGGCCGGGAGCUGGGCAGCUCCGAGGAGGAGUCGGACACUGCCCGUAAAGUAGGUCCUCAACACAUGUUUUUAACAGAAAUCCUUCGCUGGAGGUCACAGACAACACCUGACCAUAUUGUGUUCACUCUGCUCAACUCCAAGAUACAAGGAAAAUGGCCCUAUCAGGUUCAGCCUCAGAUCCAGAUGUCCUGCUCUCAGCUCCACAAGCGGGCAGAGCGGAUCGGCUGUAUGCUGAUGGAGAAGGGCCGGCUGAACACUGGGGACCACGUCGCCCUAAUUUAUCCUCCAGGUGUUGAUUUGAUAGCAGCUUUCUAUGGGUGUCUGUAUGUGGGCUGUGUUCCUGUCACUAUUCGACCCCCUCACCCCCAGAAUAUUGCCACCACCCUCCCCACAGUUAAAAUGAUUGUAGAAGUCAGCAAAUCCUCCGCCAUUCUUACCAACAGUAUUGUGCAUAAGUUACUCAAAUCCAAGGAGGCAACACAGAUUCUAGAAUCCAAAUCUUGGCCAACAAUAUUGGACACAGAUGACCUUCCAAAAAAGAAAUUAGCUGCCAUUUAUCGAGCUCCCACCCCAGAAAUGAUUUGUUACCUCGACUUCAGCGUGUCAACCACAGGAAUGCUAGCUGGAGUAAAAAUGUCUCAUGCUUCAACCACUGCGCUGUGUCGAUCCAUCAAGUUACAAUGUGAGCUGUAUCCAUCAAGGGAAGUAACACUGUGUCUCGACCCUUACUGUGGACUUGGUUUUGUUCUUUGGUGUCUCGCUAGUAUAUAUUCUGGUCAUCAUUCCAUAUUGAUUGCUCCAUCAGAGGUGGAAACAAACCCGGCUGUUUGGCUCACUGCUGUCAGUAAUUAUAAAGUGCGGGACACUUUCUGUUCGUAUGGAGUAAUGGAAUUGUGCACGAGAGGUCUAGGCACUUCAACUGCUACGCUAAAGCAAAGGGGGAUAAACCUGGCCUGUGUGAGGACCUGCUGUGUGAUAGCAGAGGAGCGGCCCCGGAUCCAGCUCACCACGUCUUUCACUAAGUUAUUCGCUAACCUCGGACUUACUCCUCGGUCAGUCAGCACCAGUUUCGGCUGCAGAGUUAAUCUGGGAAUGGCAUUACAGGGAGCAUCUUGCCCUGAUCCCACCACUGUGUAUGUUGACAAGCGAGCCAUGAGGAACGACAGGGUGACACUGGUGGAGAAGGGAAGCCCCCACAGUCUCUGUAUCAUGGAGUCUGGCAAGUUGUUGCCAGGUGUAAAAGUUGUGAUAGCCAAUCCAGAUACAAAGGGUCAGUGUGCUGACUCUCACCUGGGGGAGAUUUGGGUCAACAGUCCACACAAUGCAUCAGGGUACUUUAUGAUCUAUGGGGAUGACUCACUUCAUGCUGAACAUUUCGAUUCUCAUCUAGCCACCGGCGACUUAUCCACGAGAUACGCCAGAACAGGCUUCCUCGGAUUUGUCCGUCGAACAGAGCUGACACAAAGUGAUGGAGGGAGGCAUGAUGCAAUAUUUGUGGUGGGUGCAUUAGAUGAAACCAUAAUGUUGAGAGGAAUGAGGUACCACCCCAUUGACAUAGAGAUGAGUGUUGUUAGGUGCCAUCGCAAAAUCUGUGAAUGUGCUGUUUUUACAUGGACAAAUUUGUUGGUUGUGGUUGUGGAACUGGAAGGAAGUGAAAACGAGGCUCUGGAUUUGGUUCCCCUGGUAACCAAUGUAACACUAGAGGAGCACUACCUUAUUGUAGGGGUGGUAGUAGUGGUGGAUCCAGGAGUUAUUCCAAUCAACUCAAGGGGUGAAAAGCAGAGGAUGCAUCUAAGGGAUGGAUUCUUGGCUGACCAGCUGGACCCAAUCUACGUGGCUUACAAUAUGUAAACUAUUAUGCAAGAACAAAUAUUGGUGCAGCUUCCCUUAAGUUAGGGCACAGAGAAGUGCUUGCUAGAGGAACAUACCAAUGGAACAUAGACAUCUGUGUGUGUAUUGUUUGCAUAUAACAAAACCCAUUGUUAUUCCCCUUCCUAAAGAAAUUCCAUUUUCCCUUGUAGUCAAUCAAUUGUUUUGUAGUUAUUCUUGUGAAAAUGUGUAUUAUUUUGAUGUAAGGUGUAGAGUUUCUUAUAAAGUGCUGCUUUUGCCUGCUAGGUAUAAAACAUACAUAUGUAUCCAUGUAAUGGAAAUACAUUCAUUUCUUAAGAAUGUUGGAAAAAAAUGUGAUGGUAAAAAGCAACACUUUGACAAAUUCUAGUAUACAUGUGAUACAUGUAUUGUCAAAUUUAUCAUCAAUAUGAAAUCACAGAAUAGUUCAUUUUUUUUAUUGAUGAAAGCAUAAUAGAAAUGUAUUGAAAGAACAUAGUCAGGUUCAUAUAAUUUUGCUUCUAAACAUAGCAAUGCUGCAUUACUUUUUAAAUUCAGUAAUUAACUAUUAUGGUUAUUAUAUUCCCAACUUUCAUUCUGCUACUCACAGAGUGAGAACAAGUUGUUGUUAAGACAAAGACAUAUAUCAGGCUGACACAGUGUUUUAUGUCAAAAAGACCAUACUUAAAAGUCGAUAUUGUAAACAUAAAAUCUUUUUUAUCUAUAAGACUUUGGGGUAGUUGGGUUUUUUUUUUUUAGAUAUAAGAAUGCAAUAUUUUAUCUGCUGUUUUGUUCUGUUGUUUUUGAAUUGCAAAAUAAUAGAUAAAAAAACACAAAGCUAUUCUAUUAAAAAACAGUGUUUGGCUGCAGGUUCAGGAAACUUUGUUUUCAGUGCAUGACAGAUAUUUCUCCAAGAAUUUACAAACUUAAAGACAAAAUGGUAUGAAGGUAAAUUUUCUGUAAUGACUGAGAUUACCCUGUGUGAGACUGUAUUAAACUAAUAUGACAAAGGUGCAAUAUAUAACUUGUAUGAUUUCAAAUAUUUUGUUGGCCCAUUGCAGAGUUUAUGGCUUUGGUUACAAUGAAUCUAAAUACUAGUUCUACUAUGGGCUGGGGAGGGGGGGGGGGUUAAAAAAAUCAGAUCUGAUGGGUAAGGAUUUCUUUAGACUCUGCAUGGGUUGAUACGUAUAAUUUGUCUGUACAUAGAAUCAGCUGACUGGAAGGCUAGUGUGUUAAUAGAAUGAGUAUAUAACUUAUUCAUUUCUUGCAGGUUUGUGUCUUGUACAACAUAUUUGUUUAUAGCUUGGAUGUGAUAGAUAUUGGGUGUGUUCAAGGGAAAUAAUACAUAGUAACAUUUAUUUAUUUGUGCCGUGGAUUAUUGACAUAUUUGAUGAUCAAGUACUGGAUGAGAUGUAUAAGAGAAGUGCUACUCUAGUAAACUAUACUAGUAUCUGUAAUUUAUACAACAAGUUGAAACAGCUUAACUUUUAGCAACAGAUUUCCUAUAAUGUUCACUAAUCAACCUGUAUCAUUGUACAUCAUCUAUUAACACAUUUACUUUAGAGAAAUUGUUAUAAGGAAAGUAAUCUAGUCAGAAAGGUUUCAUUGUUUGAGCAAAUCCCCAAAAUGUUUUGCUUACUCUAAAAAUAAAGCUACCGGUAUUCAAGAUUUACUGAUAAAUACCGUACUAGUACACAUGCCUAUUAAUUACACUCCUACACCAUCAAAAUUCUGGCAUUAGUUUCUAAUUUAAUAUUAGAUAUAUUUAUUUAUAUAAACAGUAUUAGCAACACUUGGUAUCAUGUAUAUCAGUAAAAAAAUAAUAAUAUUUUACUAAUUUAUAAUGGAAAUCAUCCCCAGUAUUUUGUGUAUUACUACAACUUGUUUGAAAUACAAUAGAACUGUCACCCCUCAGAUAAAUUGUAAUAUCACCCACCUCCUACAGGAUGGAGGUUACUGAUCCAGAAGAUUAAAUGUCUGCUUGUUCAUAUGAUAAGAUAUUUGUUUGUUUUUCUUUUUAUAUGGCUCUGUAUGAAGUACAAUGUCUUAAGUAAAUUUUACAAACAUC